CCCCACAACAAUUCUUAAUCUCACAAUCCUUUAAUCCAAAAAAAUGAACACCAAUUCAAGAACCAUAUUCUUUUGGAUAUCUGUCACUACCAUUGCUCUUCUUUCCAUCAUACUUUCUUUCUACAACACUAACUCAACCAUAACUACUACCAUCUCUUUACCUGGCUUUCAAGUCACUUUUAUCAAAAGGGUCGUUGAGAAAAGUGGAAUUUAUGAGUUAUUCUCUUUCAUAACCCAAAUCUCCGGUCAUCAUCAUCACCACCACCACCAUCAUCACCACCAUCAUCAACAGAAGGUCACCUGUGUCAACAAGUGGAACUCUAGUCUUGUAGCAGAAUACAGGGUGUCACUUGUUUUGACCGUUGACCAAGAGGGUUGUGGGAACUUCAGCAGUUUACAGCAGGCAGUUGAUGCUGUUCCUGAUUCUAGCGUUGGUGCAACUCUUAUCAUUCUUGAUUCAGGAACAUACAGGGAGAAAGUGACAGUGAACCAGAGUAAAAGCAAUUUGAUAAUUCAAGGCCAGGGUUAUCUCAACACAGAGAUCACAUGGAACGACACAGCAAAUUCAACCGGAGGCACUGUUUACAGCUCGACAGUUUCCAUUUUUGCUCAAAAGUUCACUGCUUACAACAUCAGCUUCAAGAACACAGCUCCUCCCCCAAACCAAGGCGCAGUUGGAGCUCAAGCACUGGCACUAAGAAUUGCAGGUGAUCAAGCAGCUUUUUAUGGGUGUGGGUUUUAUGGAGCUCAAGAUACUCUUCAUGAUGAUAGAGGAAGACAUUACUUCAAAGAAUGUUUCAUCGAAGGAUCGAUAGAUUUUAUAUUCGGAAAUGGUAGAUCACUUUAUGAGGAUUCUACACUGAACUCCAUAGCCAGUGAUGCCACGAAUGAUGGUGGGAUUACCGGAGCAAUAACAGCACAAGGGAGGAGCUCCGAGAAUGAAAAAACCGGGUUUUCGUUUGUGUCUUGUAGAAUAGGAGGAAGUGGUAGCGUGUGGCUUGGAAGGGCGUGGGGUCCUUAUGCAACUGUGGUGUUCUUGAAAACCUACAUGUCUCAAGUUGUUUCAUCUGAUGGAUGGAAUGACUGGAGAGAUUCCUCUAGAGAUCAGACUGUUUUUUAUGGAGAAUAUGGGUGCUCGGGUCCUGGAGCAAAUAGCACAUCUAGGGUCUCAUAUGCAAAACAACUAAGUGCAGAAGAAGCGAAUCCAUUCAUGGAUAUCUCCUUCAUUGAUGGAAAGGAAUGGUUAUCAGAGUCAAAGUUGGUCAACACGAUUUAAGAGAAGUCGUAAACGUUAUUAAUAUAGUGGUGUUGGUGUUAUACGACAUGCAGUAAUAAGCGAUCGAGGAUUAUAGAACAAGUGAGAGACAUCC